UAUCAGUGCACUAAUUUCCCGAACUCUUAUCUCUCUGUCUUAAAAAAUGGGUGGUUCAGAAGUAGCUUGGCCUUGCAUAGUUGUUCAUGCUAUGAUGAUGAUCAGUUUGAUGCUUAACACACAGCAGAUACAUGGUGCAUUGCCGGCGAACACACAAAAGCUGAUUGAUGAGGCCAACGAGGGUGGCCCUUAUCUAGGCUUGGUCAUUCCAAACUCUUUUGAAAUGAAGCCUCUUCUUCAAUCUCCGAACUUCACCUCAACUGACUUGAUCAUAAAUUUUUCCGGAAGGAGAUUUCGAUUUGGAACCAUUGCUAACAAGAAAGUCAUAUUGGUUAUGACAGGACUGUCAUUGAUUAACGCAGGCAUAACCACACAGCUUUUGUUAACCCUGUUCAAUAUAGAAGGAGUGGUGCAUUAUGGCAUAGCUGGAACUGCAAACCCAUCUCUCAACAUUGGAGAUGUUGCCAUUCCUCAUUAUUGGGCCCACACUGCUCUUUGGAACUGGCAGAGAUAUGGGAAAGGGCCUGAAGAUGAGCUGCCCCUUGAAGCAAAUGGAGACUACACCAGAGAAUUUGGGUACUUGAAUGUUGCAAAUUACACUGUGAAUGUGACAGAUGGCAGCUCAUAUGACAACUUAUUGAACAACAUUUGGUUUCAACCAGAGGAGGUCUUCCCCAUAGAUGGAACUCCCGAAGAAAGACAGCAUGCCUUUUGGGUUGCUGUUGAUCCCCACUACUAUGAAAUCUCCCAAAAAGUAGAGGACGUGAAGUUGGAAGGCUGCCUCAACUCAACAACAUGUUUGUCCAAUAUACCAAAAGUGGCAAGAGUCCAAAGGGGAGCAAGUGCAAGCAUUUACCUAGACAAUGCUGCUUAUCGUGGCUUCCUAUAUAACAAAUUCAACAUAAGCCCUAUGGACAUGGAGACUGCUUCUGUUGCCCUGAUAUGCCUCCAACAAAGGGUUCCCUUCAUAGCCAUCAGGGCUCUCUCUGACUUGGCUGGCGGUGGCUCUGCUAAGUCGAAUGAGGCCGACACGUUCAGCCCUCUCGCUGCCAAGAACUCGGUUACAGUUGUUGUGGAAUUUAUCAAACAGUUAUCAGCUGCUGCUACUAUCUCUGUUUAAUAUUCAUGAUUUUGCAUCUUUUAUUACUUUUGUAUGCAACUUUUGUAAUUUUAAAUAAAUUGAGGGCCUUUUCGAAAAUGGGACCCCCUUGUUGCUGUUCUUAUUUGUUUGGGCUGCUCUUGUGCUGCCUCAUUAUGCAACUUUAUUAUUAUAUUGUCAAGCAUUUAUAAGA